GAGAGUCGAAGCCCGCAAGGCAUGGUUGGUUGGCUCCUCGGGUCCAAGGCCCUGUGGUUAUAGAGCCUCCGCUUUCCCUCACCCCCGGGUCAGCAGUCCGGUACAAUGCAGACAAGCGAGUUUGACUCAUCAGAUGAAGAGCCAGUUGAAAAUGAACAGACUCCAUUUCAGGUAUCAUGGCUGCCCUUAUCCCUUGUGAAUUGUUCUCAGUUUCUAGGUUUAUGUUCUCUUCCAGGUUGUAAAUUUAAAGAUGUUAGGAGAAAUCUCCAAAAGGACGUGGAGGAACUAAAGAACUAUGGUAUACAAGAUAUAUUUGUGUUCUGUACCAGAGGAGAACUGUCAAAAUACCGAGUACCAAACCUCUUAGACUUCUAUCAGCAACAUGGAAUCAUCAUUCACCACCAUCCCAUCCCAGAUGGAGAUACACCUGACAUAGACAGAUGCUGUGGAAUCCUACAGGAGCUUGCAAUCUGUCUUGAAAAUAACCGGAAAACCUUAAUACAUUGUUAUGGAGGACUUGGGCGAUCUUGUCUUGUAGCAGCUUGCCUCCUCCUAUACUUAUCUGAUACAGUAUCACCACAGCAGGCAAUAGACAGCCUUCGAGAUUUAAGAGGAUCUGGGGCCAUACAGACCAUAAAGCAAUACAAUUAUCUCCAUGAUUUUCGAGACAAGCUGGCUGCCCAUCUAUCAACAAGAGACUCAGUAUCAAGAUCUGUUUCUAGAUAAAGAAUUGUUAUCAAUUUAUUUCACAUAAAUAAGAUCCUGUCCAAUUCAAUUGAAAAAAACAUGCCUAUGCAGAUAUAACCUUAAAAGUUUUUUUUUUUUUGACAAUUUUCAUUUUGUGUUCUCAUUUGGGGGCAUUAGAUGCACAAAAAUAUCCUUCCUGGAAAUGAACUCUUUGUUUAUAUGAUACUGUAUUGUAUGAUGUAUAUAUUCCAUAUUGAACCAAAACAUUUACAGGUCUUAACAUUUACCUCAUUUAGAUAUACAUCCAUACUACACAGUGGUGUUUGAUUGUAAGAAUACUGGAAAUUCCUCUGGGUAUCUUGGUUCUUGAUUUUUAUUGAUCUUGGCUUAUAUUAUCUUUUAAUGAUCUGCAUCUUGCCGGUUAUACAAUGUUUCUCUCUCUGCCCCCUCUGAAUAACUUUUACCUACUUUCCUAUUUUUAACCUUUACAAUUAUACAGACAUAAGUUUCUCUAAAGAUCUUAAUUGCUUAUUGUUGAUUUUAACCAACCUAAACUGAAUCUCAUGCAUUAAGACUUAAUUAAAUUUAGAAAUUUUAACUUAAUUCAAAAUCCUUUCUCCAAUCACCAAUUUAUAUAGGCAUCUUGUUUUAAAUUAUUUUCCUGAGAAUACCCAAAACUCUCACAUGAACUUUAGACAAGGAAAACAACAAUAUUCAAGAUCACUUACUUUUAAUUGGCUAUAGUAGUGAUUCUAUAGGGUAUUCAAUGCUCAUGUGGCUCCAAAGUAUAUUUAGUUUCCACUAUAUUUUUAACACUAAGAAAUAGUCCAAUUAAUGCACAUCUUGCUAUGGGAAUAACUAUAAUAUUUUAAAAGAAAGGCUUCAAAAUGAGUAGCAGUGAUUUCAAGAACUAUAAAUUACAGAACCUGUUCCAUAACACAAAAAUUCAUUAUAUUAAUCCCCAUUUUUGUUAAUUAGUAAGUAACUCAUAAUAGUACUAUGGAAUAUAUUAAAAUUACAUAUCUCAUUAAUAUCCAAGUGAAAAUCUUAAUACUACCCCAAAACACAAAUGCCAAUACACAUUACCAAAAGCAAAUGUGUUUUGAACAAUGGAAAUUCAGUAGUAAGGCAAUAACAUGGAUUUCAUACAGGGAAAAAAAAAAUCACAUUUUGCAAUUUAAAUAAAAGUACAAUUUAAACAAACUGUCUAACAUCAAAUAUUUUAAAAUCUUGAUUUUUGCUUUCACAGGUUAGAAAUUAUACU